AUGAACUCGGGAUCGGAAUCGUCGUUUAAAUCAUCUGAGCAAGAAUCAAAGAAAACCGUAUACUUUGAGACUAAAAGGCAGACCACUUUACUCAAUUUGAUGGAGAAUCAAGAUCAUUUGAUAGUUAAAGCAUUGAAUAUGUCAGCAGAUGGUAAACCCGUAUCUCUAAGUGAUGCCAGACACGCUUGUUUAGAAAUGUUUCUAGGUAGGAAGUGA